AUCCUCCUCUCCACUGCUUCCUUUGCCUGUAGGGAGCUCCUGGAACAAAGAGAAGAUGGGAGAUGAGUCCAGGAGGGAGAACCAAUUGCCUGAGGAGGCUGGAAUCACAAGGAAUGUGGCCUUGUGUUGGAGUCAGCAGUAAGGGCCCAGCUAGGGGAACAGAGGCAGAGGAGCCAUCCCUGGACCCCAAGCCCAUCCUGGAGCUGCCCCUGGAGACACUGGUCCAGAAGCUGCAGGAUGAAGAACUCAGUGUGGAGAGCGUCCUGUGUAGCUACUUAGAGGAGGCACUGAAGGUACACCAGGAGGUGAAUUGCCUGACGGAUUUCCUGGGUGAGUGUGAGGAGCAACUGCAGGCAUUGAAGAAGCUUAGGAAGACUGAGAGAGGCCUUCUUUAUGGGGUCCCUGUCAGCCUCAAGGACCCCUAUGACUGCAAGGGCCAUGAUUCUACAUGUGGUCUGACCCAGUUCCUGGAGAAGCCAGCGGCCAAGGAUGGGGUCAUUGUGCAAGUGCUCAAGGCUCAAGGAGCUAUUCCCUUUGUUAAGACCAACAUCCCUCAGACACUGUACAGUUUUGAUUGCAGCAACCCCAUCUAUGGACAGACUCUGAACCCUCUGAACUUAAAGAAGACACCAGGGGGCUCCUCAGGGGGUGAGGGAGCCCUGCUGGCAAAAGGAGGUUCCAUCCUGGGCAUGGGUACUGACACUGCUGGCAGCAUCCGCGUGCCAGCCAGCUUUUGUGGUAUCUGUGGCUUCAGGACCACAGGAUACCGCCUCAGCCUCUCUGGAGUUUCCAGUGCUGUCAAAGGCAAGAUAUCAGUGACUACAGUGGCUGGCCCCAUGGCCCGGGAUGUGGAGAGCCUGGCCCUGUGUCUGCGAGCCCUGCUAAGUGAAGACAUGCACCGACUGGACCCUACUGUGCCUUUUAUGCCCUUCAGGGAGGAGGUAUACUCCAGUAACCAGCGCCUUCGAAUUGGCUUCUGUGAAACAGAUGGCUUCACCCAGCCAUCUCCUAGCAUGGCCAGGGCCGUGAGGCUCACCUCCAGGCUGCUCCAGGAUGCGGGACAUCAGGUCAUCCCCUUCUCCAUCCCCCAUAUAAAGUAUGCUGUCAAACACCUGUUCGAGGGGGGUCUGUUUGCUGAUGGAGGGGCCACCCUUCUGGAGAAGCUUGAGGGGGACAUUGUGGACCCCUGCAUAAAGGGAAUGGUCAACUGGCUCCGCCUGCCAGAUCUACUCAAGUGUUUCUUGGCCUGGAUCCUGAAGUACACAGAACCCCGAGCUAGCCACACUUGUGAAGAGAUUCGUGGAGUGGGGACUCCCAAGAAACUGUGGGAGCAGCACGCAGCAGUGCAGGAAUAUCAGCAAAAGUUCAUAGCCAAGUGGAGGUCCCUGGACCUGGACGUGCUGCUGAUGCCAGCUAUGGACCCCGCCUUCCAUAUAUGCUAUUCUGAGAUAGGAACAGAUAUUGCCUCCUACACGGGCCUGUACAACAUCCUGAACUUCCCUGCUGGCGUUGUGCCGGUCACCACUGUGACGCCGCAGGACGAGGAGGAACUGGCCUUCUACACGGGAUACUACAGAGAUAACCUCUCCAACACGGGCGAUGACCACGCGAUCCACACCAUCGGACUCGUCGUAUUGGUCACCAACAUCACUGACGAAUUUCGUGCUCCAGCUUCCCCGGCCCAAGGACGCGGCUGCGGGGUGGAAGGCGCCUGCCGGGCAGGGGCCUCGCCCGGCCCAGCCCGCCGACCCGCCGCGGGCCCCGCUCCUUCCCAGGCGCCCCCGCGCCGCCGGCGCUUUGAAGUCCCAAUCCGGCAAAUAGAGUCAAUCAAUUAUGAAGGGAACAAUCUGGCGGCCCCUCGGGGAGCGGCGGCCGAGCGAUCCCGGGGGAUUAGGCCGCAAAUCGCGCUGAGCCUCCCUAAGUGA